AGAAUUGCAGCAACCGGGUUCUGGCCGUGGAGGUCUCGGGUUUUUCCAGUCCCUUUCGGUUGUGGUGGUCGAGAUGUUUUUCUCCGAGGCCGGAGCCCGGCCACGGACGUGGGAAGCUAGCCCCUCAGAACACAGGAAGUGGGUGGAAGUAUUUAAAGCAUGCGAUGAAGAUAACAAAGGCUAUCUAAGCAGAGAGGACUUUAAAGUUGCUGUUGUAAUGCUGUUUGGGUACAAGCCCUCCAAGAUAGAAGCUGAUUCCAUUAUGUCUUCAGUAAAUCCAAACACUUCCGGUAUAUUGCUUGAGGAGUUUUUAAGUAUUGUUAGGAAAAAGAAGGAAGUUCAGCUCCAUCGGAAUGAAAUAAGACACAUCUUCACAGCUUUUGACAGGCACUAUCGUGGGUAUUUAACUUUGGAAGAUUUCAAGAAAGCAUUUAGGCAGGUGGCUCCCAAGUUAUCAGAAAGGACUGUUCUGGACGUAUUCAGGCCUGCAAUUUCCCCUGUUUGGCUGCAAAUUCCUUUUGUCCUGGGAUGGUUGAAUCCCUGGAGCUUUGGACAGUGCUCAGUGAGUGCUCCAUGAAUGGAUGAAAACAGUAUUUCACACCAGAAUAGAAAGAAAGAAUGCUGAGGAAAUUAAGUACAAGUACCUCUUAUGAUUUUAAGUUUCAUACAUGAUUUUGAACUAUCUAUAUUGUCAUAGCAACUUCCUGCUGUUUUUUUUUUUUUUGAGAUUUUAUUUAUUUAUUUGAUAGAGCACAAGCUGGGGGAGCAGCAUAGGGAGAGGGGGAAGCAGGCUCUCCACUGUGCAGGGAGCCUGAUAUGGGGCUUAAUCCCAGGACCCUGGGAUUAUGACCUGAGCCGAAGACAGAUGUUUAACCAAGCCACCCAGGUGCGCUCCUGCUAGUUUUACCUAACCAGAAGCUACCCUAGAUAUGAAGGCAGGUGAGAUUUAUAAGCCUAGCAGAACACGCUUGAACAUCAAUUAUUUUGUCAGGCAGACCUGUUAUCUGUGACAUAUUAACACAUUGAUGAUAUGGAUGCUCAGAUUUUUAAAAGAUCUUUGGAUUCCUCAUCUGCAUAAUUAAGUUCUUUCCAGAACAACUUAAAUAUUGUAGAUUUCACAUGUGUGUUUCAGACUAGUCAAUACAACUAAAAUUUGAUCGUGAUUACUAGCUUUUCAAAGCCUUCUUUCAUUUCCCAGCAGGCAGCUUCCUGUCAGAAUUCAUUUCCCAUUUGGAAAAUCUCUCUCUGACCCACGGUUUUUUGGACAUAAUUCAUCCUUCACAUAGUUGAGUCUACCCAUUGUCAACCAUCCUUAGCUCCUCAGAUGCCAAAAGACCCCUUUAUAUUCAGAGUGAUAGAAUCUAUCUGAAACAUCAGAGGAGAGAAAACUUAAGAAAAAUAUUUAAAGAUUUUGUCUCUGUGAUUUUUCUAAUUUAAAAAAAAUGCUUUUAGUGUGUAUCUGUUUCUGUUAUUAUA